ACGACAGCUGAUCUUCUGACCUUGCAGCACAGAGGCUUCUGCGGUUUAGCACACAGUGCCACCACGUCCCCUGAAUUUGGUGGUGGUUUCCUUUAAUCCCAUUGGAGGCUUCCAUUGAACACGGAUCAAAGAUGGAUGAAGCAAGAAGAGACCCCCAAUCCAUCCAGAGUGGAAAGAGUGUGGAAUUAUUGGAAGGAAAUAGAAAGAAGGUUCUAGACGAGAACAUUGUCAGCUCAGAUGAACAGCGCCAGCGCUUCAGACGACUCUCCUACAAGCAGGCGGAGGGGCCCCGAGAGGUUUGCACCCAACUCCACCAUCUUUGCCGCCAGUGGCUGAAGCCAGAGCAACACACCAAGGCUCAGAUCCUGGACCUGGUGGUCCUGGAGCAAUUCCUGACCGUCCUUCCCCCGGUGAUGUCCAGCUGGGUGAGGGAAUGUGGAGCAGAGACCAGCUCCCAGGCGGUGGCCUUGGCCGAAGGCUUCCUCCUGAGUCAGGCCGAGGAGAAGAGGCAGGAAGAGAAGAAGGAUCGGGUCACCGAGGGGGAGAAUUUCACCCCAGACAAAUGGGCGCUGCCGGAUCCGGACCAGAGAUCCCUCCACAGGGAAGACAUGGAGGAGAAUCGUCAGAAUGCGGCCUCUCUCGAUGGUGAGGAAAGCAUCUUGGCAACCACAAGACCUGUUGAACGUCCAGUUAGCGCGGCACCGCUUCGCGACAAUGAGACAGGGGGGGACUCCUUAACAGCAGAUCAGGAACAUCGUACAAGAAGUGCACCCUACAAAUGCACCGUAUGUGGGAAAUAUUUUGCUGAAAGAAUGGCACUUACGCUUCACGAGAAAGUCCAUGCCGCAAACAUUUGUUUCGAAAAUGAAGCAUCUGGAAAAGGGGAUGAUAGCAAUCGGCAACCUGAGAGCCACCAGGGAAUCGAUGGAGGAGGGGAGAAAUAUCAAUAUCAGCAAAAAGUCCACACAGGAGAAGAACUGUGUACAUGGGAGGAAUGUAAGAAAGGGUUUUUUUAUGUUUCAACUUAUGGCAAGCAUCAUAUAUUCCACACACAAGAGAAACCGUACGAAUGCCCGGAAUGUGGGAAAUGUUUUAAAUACACUUCGAACCUUCUGACACACCAGAGAGCCCACACAGGACAGAAACCAUACAAAUGCCAGGAAUGUGGGAAAUGUUUUAAUCGCAAUUCAACACUUCGGGUACACUACAGAGUGCACACAGGAGAGAAACCGUACACAUGCGAAGAGUGUGGGAAAUGUUUUGCUCAGAAUUCGCAGCUUCUGACACACCAGAGAGUUCACAGUGGAGAGAAGCCAUACAAAUGCCAGGAGUGUGGGAAAUAUUUUUCUUACAGUUCAACCCUUUUGAAACACCAGAGGGUCCACACGGGAGAAAAAGCGUACAAAUGCCAGGAAUGUGGAAAAUGUUUUUCUUACAGUUCCACACUUUUAAAACACCAGAGGGUCCACACGGGAGAGAAACCGUACAAAUGCCAGGAGUGUGGGAAAUGUUUUUCUUAUAGCACAAUCCUUUUGAAACACCAGAGUGUCCACACUGGAGAGAAACCAUAUAAGUGUCAGGAAUGUGGGAGAUGUUUUGCUCAGAGUUCACACCUUCUCGGGCACCAGAAAGUCCACACAGGAGAGAAGCCAUACAAAUGCCAGGAGGAUGGGAAAAGUUUUGCCCAGAAUUUACACCUUCAGGGGCACAAGGGAGAGAUCGGACAAACGCAAGACUGAGAGAAAUGUUUCAUUCCCGAGUCAGACUUCAUGAGGCAUUAGAAUCCACGCAGGAGAGAAACCGCAAAAAUGCCAGGGGUGUGGGAAAUAUUUCACUCAGAAUAUGUAGACAGAGCAAACCUACUCAGGAUGUUGUUAGCAAAGUCAUUGAAGAGUCGGGCCCUAUUCAAGUUUAUUUUUUGAGCUCUUAUCCUACUUUAUGAGAACAUUUAAGUCCCUCCUUUUAGUUUCCCUUUUAGCUUCAAAGUUUAUCUUUUACAUCAUGGAGACCUGUUGAGUUGUAAAGUUUACAUCUCUCCAGGUGCUCUAGAGUCGGCAUUGUUAAUGAAUGCUUAGAGAAAUAGAGAUUGUUGUGCGGCACUUCAUAGCAUAAUGAAAUUUUUCCAUUUUCUUCUUUCUGUAGCCUGGAAUAAUAGUAAAUGAUGGUAAAUAGCUGGCCACAUUAAAGCGUGUCUUUCAACUUAUCCUGGUUAUUCUUGAUACAAAUGCAAUUUAUGCUUUUGUUUGUUUGUUUGAAGUCAGGAAACAUGGGUGCUUGCUUUUAUUCAUAGAGA